UGAUGAAGCAGGCAUACUAGUAAUUAUGCUGUUUGAAUUAACACUGUACAAUGAUUUGCAUGAAUCCUUGCACUGCAAUAUUUUAAACCUGAUUUUCAUCGAACGUCCUUGUGUUCCAUCACUGCUGUUAUCUUGCGUUCAAACGGUCGUUGCGAUGUCAAAACUGCCGUAUAUUAUAAAGGAUGCACCACCGGAGAAAGUUGACGAUUUAAAUCAUGUCAUACUGAAUCACGAUGGUGCUACUCCACCCACCCAGUGAAUUUUAUUUGUUUUACCAUUUUUAUGUCUUUUUAUUCUUCUUGUCGCCACAUCUUAUUUCAGUUGUUUUCCCGUUAGUCUGCAACCGAUGUCAGCUUAAAGAACACCGCGAUCGCUGUCUCGCCGGUCUGGCCAACGACACCGCGGAGACGUGUAAACCCAACACAAUAACUUGCGUCACGGUGACGGGCAUCCGACAGGAUUUCACUUUUUCGGAUUUCCGAAAUACUCCGGCAAUGAGCCGUCACUGUUCGUUUGACAUCGACGCCGUUGAUGAUGCCGAUAAGUUUAGGCGCCUGCCGAAAGGGCAAGAAUUCAUCUGCUUCAACGUGACACGAGAAGACCCAUUUGGACCCAAUGGCCAAUGGAACGACCGACGCUGCUUGUGCGCCAAGGACAAGUGCAACAAUAAGAUGUGGGACGAGGUUUUUAUGCAGCCAACCUUACCGGAGAACUUCACCGAUAAGGAUAAACUGGUUGUUCCGACGGGAUUGGGCAGUAAUUCUCUGGCUAACAUCAGCGCAUGGUCGAACUACACAGUCAUCGCCUCACCCAGCGGAAAUGGCAACAACGCUGACGGCUCGGGUGGAGCCGCGAUCGGCACCACCACCGAAACCAGCGGGAAUAACACUACUGCAGGCGGUAACUCCACAUCCGGCACGGACUCCCACAGUAACCCUGCAGCGAGUGGCUCGAAUACUGGACUGAUUAUCGGAAUAGCCGUUGGCGUGGUGAUCCUGGCUGCCGCCGUGGGCGGUGGCCUAUGGUACUGGUUCAAAGUACGGAGACGGAAGGGAUCCAGCACCAGCAGUGGAGCGAGUGACAACACGGCCGGCACGGAAGCCAGCGAGGAUGACGAUGAGUGACGAAAGAGAACGUCAUAGCGUCUUAAUUCGCGACUGCGUUGUCAGCGCGGAUCACAUGCCCCGUUGCACAAGAUAUUUUUACAUUUUUUGUGAAAAUGUGAUGACGUAAAUGUUCGGAACUUCGGAUGAGUGCAUGAGACUGAGUGGCGGAUUGACCGCAGCUAAAGUGUUGACUGGACCCAGGAAAAAAUAUUGUGUGCACACAUUAUGAUGCCGUAAGAAUCACU